GCAACAAUAUGGCGGAUUGAUUGUAUUCAUUCAAUAUGUGCAUAUCUGUUUAUAACAUUUCGUACAGAAAUUUGAAAGGGUCACUUGGAUUAGCCAAGCACCAAUUAACACCCUGGACAAUAGGUAAACUAUAGAACUUAUAGAGGCCACUUGUGUUUUUCAGACCUCCGGUAGAUAAUUUCCCACCUGGCCAGUAGGUCAGUCAUUUUUCACACCUGGCCGAUCUUAAUCAUCCAUCUGGCCAAAAUUUUCUAGUCUUCAAAUAGUGGCCGGUAUUAUAAGGGUAAAUUACACAUGUUUGUUAACAAUUGUACAUUGUACUUUAAAAAGUGGCCGAUGUCCGGUUUUCAGGGGUGGCCGGUUUUGUGAGACUUUCUUUGUAAGGAAAUGUUAAGGUUUCUGCCGGGACUUUGAAAAUCGGCCGAUAUUCAGGGAAAACCGGUUUUCUGAGGGGCCGGUUUGGAGAAGUUUCACUGUAUAUAUAUAAUAUUUAAACAAAUGAACCAAGCGAAACAAGUUGUCAAUAUAACAAGACUUUCUCUCAGGCAUUUGAUUACUUUGUACAAUUAAUAUGAUUCAUUUUAUUGAGCACAAAAUUUUUGUUUUAAAGGUGUUGGUUAAUAUAUAAAUAUAUGAUUAAUCUUGAUAAGCACAAAACUUUCGUUUUAAAAGUGUUUUGGGUUAAUACAAAGUUUUCGUUUUAAAUGUGUUUUGGAAGAUGAUUAGAUUUAAAUUUAACUGGUGCAGUAGAUUGUCAUUAGGGUCACCUCGUUAUAUAAAUAUAGCUGUAUACUACGGUACUGUACAUAGCACUAUCAAGUUUCUUAAGGAUUUAAUUUUCGAUGAUUUCAUAGUAUGUAUCUUGAAAAUUCCUAUUCGUCCACAAAAUGAGUGCGUGAAUCUUCUCUCAACAACGAAUUCCAAACCAGACGGUCCGGCAUCAUUUUCUUAAACCAUGAGAAAAUGCAUAUACAGGAUUUAUAGUUCAUUUUGGAAGUGGAGUUAUCACUCUUCGCUAGUGGUAUUUUAGAAGCAAUUUAAUUGUGAAACCUGAAUGAAUCUGAACAUAGAGUAUUUAAAGACGAAGUAAGUCCAUAACUUGGUUUUUACAAAGUGUGAACCAUAACCUCAAAUACUAAACAGUUUUGUGAUUGAUUAUUGAUUGUUCACAAACCUACAAAUAGAAAAUGGAAUUUCCCUAACUAUAUUUAUAGAUUUCAUUAGAAAAUAUGUUUUUUUUAGAGUAGAGAUAACGUUGCUAAUAGUUCUAUAUUUAAGCAGUUCAUUUGUUACAUAUGAACCACUGCGGAUUGGUGCAUUUGGAACUUCAGGAUGUAUCUGAAUCCACUGGAAAUUCGUUUUAGUCAGGAUUCUAUAGGUAGUACUUUUGGACGUUGCACAUCACACCCAUUUAGACCCAUAGGAAAGACAUUAGACGAUAUUCUAUCCGGGCGAUGCAAUGUCAACUCCAUACCCAAUAUUUCUGUAAUGUACAAAAAUGGUCAUUGGUUCACAGCAGACAACAGAAGAUUGUGGGUGUUCCAGGAGGCAGAGAAGCGAGGAAAAUGCGGCGAAAUAUUUGUCCGGGAAACAUCGUAUAUAAAUUAUAAUAAAUUUACCACCAUGAACAACGGUGAAUCCAUAGAUGUUCGAGGAAAUCCGGGAGGUUCUUUAUGGAGAAGCAUGCGUGAAGUGAGAAAAAAUCCAUUAGAAUCCACUGAAUUCAGUUCUACGAUAUUCGCAGAAUCUUUCACGACUUCUGUCACGUUGAACGCCGACAUAUCCUUCAAGCAAGAGAAUCAAGAAAUCGGUUUUCUUUCAGAGAAUUGUGAACAAAAUGUUGUUACAGACAGUGAUUUAAUAUUACAGAAACCGUUGGGACACAAAUCACUUUCAGCAGAUGUAACUUCAUGUUACAAAGAAAAUGUCUCAAUAGAGCAAGAGCAAAGAACAAGAGAAGAAACUGAAGUGCAACCUUCCACUUCCAAUUCAGAAAUAAGAAAUACCGGACGUCCAAACUCUAUGUCUGACUGGCAUGACAUUAAUGGAAACCAUUCCGAUGAAAUGUCUUUGUCGACUGUAUAUUCGGAUAUUUCCUUGCCUCGAGAUGAAGCAAUGGAAGUGUCAGAGUGGUGUGUUUCGAUACCAGACAAACUUUCUAUAGAUGAAAGCGAACUAUCAAAGGAAGAAGAAAUAGGGAACUUUGUGGAAGCAAAAAAGACAGCAGAUGGUUUUGUCGAAGUUACUAUCGACUCUAUCCAAGUUUCAGAUAAAUAUACAAAAGGGAUACCUGUAAAUUCAAUCCCUGUAGAACUUGCAUAUAGAAACCAAAGUAUUGUUCCGAGAGUGGAGGGUGUGUCUAAGAAGCGAAAUAACGACUGUUUGAGUGCGAGACGAAUUAUAUGUAUGUGUAUUAUGUCACUUAUUGCAGUAGGAUUUAUUAUUACAUUGUGUCUAAUUACUUGGUCAUUAGCAUAGUCUGGUAAGAGAUUAUAUAUAUUUUGAUUUAGGAACUGUAUCGCUACAUCAAAACGUUUUAAAACAUUAGUCAUGUGCUAUGUUACUUGUAAAUUACAGCGUAUUGUUAGAGUAGGAAUAUCCCAAUCUAUAUAUAGAAUAGUAAACGAGAUUGUUUUCUGAAAAUGAUCGAUUACGAAUUGAGCUUAUCCAGUGGAUCGCUUAAUGUAUUUGUGUGUACUCUAAUCUUCACAGAUAAUCAAAUAAUUGAUAAUUCAUUAGUGGUUCUUAUGAUAAAUAGAUUUAUAAUAUAUAUAUAUAUACUUUAUUGCAGAAUACACUCAUGUGGGUCAAGCAAACAAAUGAACAAAUUAGGAACAAUAACAUUCAGAUAAUAUAUAUAUAUAUAUAUAUAUAUAUGCAUGAUUUGGGAAAACGUCCUGUACUGAUAUGCAAGCUAUAUGAUUUAUACCAUUUGUAUUUUGUUUAAAUUUGCAAUUAAAAGUUCCAUUGAUUAGCCUAGUUAAGGUAUUAAAUGUAUAAUGACCAUAUUUCAUAUCUAAUAAAUGGAUGGUGGAAUAUUUGUAAUUAUGGUAUCAUUUUGAAGGGUCCUUCAAAUAAAAAUAAUCCACCAUAGGAAUUUUCACAAUUUUGUUUACUGCCUGAUUUAUUUCACCUAGAAUUUAACAUUGAAGUAUAUGGAAAAGGCAGGUUUUAUUACAAUAUUCUAAAAACAAAUUAUAUUUUCAUAAUUAUCUCUUGGUAGAAAGUUACAUAUACUUUCUUUUUAUGAAAAUAUGAAAUAAAAUUAAUCAUUGACCAUACACAUUUUUAGAAAAUUAGAUUUUUCUUAUUUUUACAAAGGGCAGACAACUCUUCCAAAAAGUCUUAAGUGCAAAAAGGUCAGCUUCUAAUCAUUUACCAGUCAUGUGAAUUUCAUCUGCUUCACUUUCAUCAUUAUUUAAUAAUAAACUUUUAUGUUGAUCUAAAUCCUUCAAAAUUGUUCAUUAUCCUUUCAUUAUACAUGGAAUACCUGAAGUGGUUUUUUUUUUUUUUUUUCAAAUCUUAAACAGAGUUAUGGAAUCAUAUCACUUUUUAUUACAUUUUUUAUGAGGCAUGUUCAGCUAUGAUUUCUUCACUUUUCCUGUCGUUAUGUAUGCAAGUUAGAGGGUGUUUUAUUGUAUGGUGAAUAUCGUCAGAUACAGUCUCUUACAAGAGGGCACACAGAAUAUCUAAAAUACGAGAAUCACAGCCUUCUGGAGAGAAAAUGAGUUUUGUUUUGCUAAAGCGUUUUCAGAAAAUACGAGCGCAUUUCAAGAUUUUAGUUAUUUAGGGGGGGGGGAUAUCAAUAAACUAGGCUAAAUACACUUGCGCAUAUUUUCCAAAAACAACCGUGUAACAUAGAUAAUAAUGAUAAAAGGUGUAUUAUAUAUCAAAGUAAUCAAUUCGUGCAAUCAGUAUUUGAAAUAGGUAGCAAAAAGAUGUACCUAAGCCCACUGCAGAUUCGUUUUAGCCAGGAUUCUAUUGCCAAUACAUUUGGUCGUUGCACAUCACACUCAUUUAGACCCAUAGGAAAGACAUUAGACGAUAUUCUAUCCGGGCGAUGCAAUGUCAACUCCAUACCCAAUAUUUCUGUAAUGUACAAAAAUGGUCAUUGGUUCACAGCAGACAACAGAAGAUUGUGGGUGUUCCAGGAGGCAGAGAAGCGAGGAAAAUGCGGCGAAAUAUUUGUCCGGGAAAUAGCCCAUAUAGAUUAUGAUAAAUUUACCACUACGAACAAUGGUGAAUCCAUAUAUGUUCGAGGAAAUCCGGGAGGUUCUUUAUGGAGAAGCAUGCGUGGAGUACGAAAGAAACCAUUAAAAUCCACUGAAUUCAAUUCUACGAUGUCUGCAAAAUCUUUCACGAAUUCUUCUGUCACGUUGACCGCCGAGAUACCCUUCAGGCAAAAGAAUCAAGAAAUCGGUUUUCGUUCAGAGAAUUGUGAACAAAAUGUUGUUACAAACAGUGAUUUAGUAUUACAGAAACCGUUGGGACACGAUUCACCUUCAGCAGAUGUAACUUCAUGUUACAAAGAAAAUGUUUCUAUAGAAGUAGAGCAAAUAACAAGAGAAGAAAGUGAGGAACAAUCUUCCAUUUCCAAUUCAGAAAUAAGAAAUACCGGACGUCCAAACUCUAUGUCUGACUGUCGUGACGUUCAUGGAAGGACUAUCGAAGUUAGGAUUGACUUUACCCAAUUAUCAGACAAUGACAUGAGAAGGAUAAGUACAAAUUUAAACCUGGAGAAACUUUCAUCUUGGAAUGGGGGUAAAUAUUUAAGUGUGGGGGGAGUUAUUUGUAUUUCGCUUAUGGUAUUAGCAUUAUUCUUGAUUGUGCCGUGUCUGAUAUUCUUUUACUUUAGCAAAGUCUGGUGAAAUAAAAAGAAAUUAGGUUCCAGAUCAUCGAUAAUAAAAUGUGAGACCAUUUGCGUUUUGUGUAUGUUUAGAUUCAAUUGACUUUAAAGCAAUACUAGCUGUCAUUUUUUGUGUCGAAAAUUUUUGUUGCAAAAUUGUGAUUUACUAUUUCAAUGCCAGAAAAAAAAGGUUUACAAACUUUUGCUAAAAUUAUUUGUGUUAGAAAACCUAUUCAGAGGCUCUGAAUGAAGAAAAAAUUAUAUUAUUGUUUUCCCGUAAAAAUGCUAUUUAUUCAAUAGAACCGAAAUCUUUACUUUGAUAAAAUCAUAGUUCUAUUUUACCAGUUGCUGUGGUUAAAGCUACACAUAGCACAUUUUUACAACAAAAUAAAAUUUUCAGAUUUAGAGCUAAUAUUACUUUAAAACGUUCUAUUUAACCAUACGAUUUUUAAAGCAUAAGUGAUGUAUUUUUAGAAUGGGUAAAAUCCCAGUUUAUAUAUGGGAUAGUAAGCAAGAUCGUUUCCUGAAAACGGUGGAUUAUAUUUAACUAAGAUUAGAUUAUAGAUUCUACUUUUAUACUCCGGUGAUUCUUUGAACUUAUAAAUCACGUGGAUUGAUCUCAUGUUUCUUAUACACCCUCUAUAUUGAAAUUUUAACUAUUGUUAUUGGCAAGAUGCACUCAAUCCGAGUGUCAUAUCCUAAUUCUCACCAAGAGCGCGCUGUGUAUCGUCUGAAUUGCAGUAAGUUUGUAUUUUGGCUAAACCUUUCCAAUAUCUACGUGAUAUGUAAUGAAGCUAUGUGUAGGGGAUUUCUGAAGUGUUUUCAGGAAACAGAUAUGCAUUCGUAUGUCAAGCUGCUAGUUUCGUUUUCCCUUCCAAGAAAAUAGUCUAAUUAAACCGAACACAGGAUGUAAACUGUUCAGCUGGUAAUGCUAGAGUGACGUUUUAGUAUGGAACUAAAACCAUCAAAAAUACGGUACAGCCAAGACAGUAUUGCAAGAACGUUUGGCAAAAGUACGAGACAUCCUUUCCGUCCUAUAGGCCAAACUCUGGACGAUAUUUUGUCUGGACAAUGCAAUGUGAAUUCAAUCCCGGCCAUCUCUGUGGAAUUCAGAGGCGGACAUUGGUUCACUGCUGAUAACAGACGGUUGUGGGUUUUUCAGAAAGCAGAAGAACGUGGACGAUGUGAUAAAAUUUCGGUGAAUGUAGUAUUUGGCAUGGAUGAAACGAAGUUUACGACGACAAAUGAGGGGCGGUAUGUGUCUGUUAGAGGCGACCCAGGAGGAUACUACUGGAGAAGGUGCCCAAAGGUGAGGGGAAGAUCUACAGAAUAUAGUUAUGAGGGACUGUCCAGUUACAGAAGUCCAUCUCAUGUCAACAGACCUCCUAGUACCAGUAGUUUACAUGUUAAGCCGACUACAUAUGAAGCAUAUCCGGCCUAUCACACUAGACCCGCUUCCUAUACCCGGAACUACUCAACAUAUGACUAUUCUCAGCAGGAAGCUUCUCCAAACCAAAGGAACAGGUCGUCAGAGUCGACAACAAAUUCGAGUUUCUGGGAUCUGUGCAUUAUUUUGUGAACUGUUGUGAUGCCGCAGUUGAAAAUUGCAGUCAAUUAUAUUUAUUUUGUUUUAAUUAAAUUAUUUAUCUAUUA